UCCAACAUCAGUGGGGGAGAAUUCCAGCGCUUGUACCUAACCCAGAUUUUUGAGACAUGUAAGAAGUUAUACGUCGAUCAAGUUGAGGAGCGAUGGCGACGAGAGAGGAACGCAUGCGAGACCGCAUGCGUGGGGCAGGGAGACACAAUGUCGGAGAUAUCGAUUUCGGCUUCAUCAUCCCCGUCGCUGAAGAACCUGCGGACAAUGCCGAAGAGCUACCGGCCGAUGAACCGUCAGCGAUCCCCGGCCCAGCGCCAACCACACGACCAUCCCCCAACGCAUCUGCGAAGCGGAGACGACUAGAUCUGAAUUCCGUAGCACAGCCAAAAGUACACACAACCACCGAGCACGAUGUCUACAGCCUGCCCGACCACAGCACCGAAGCCGGAGAAACCAUCCCCGCGUCUCCCUCAACCCUCCCCUCCCAAUCCCCUGCUCCCCAAGACCGCGAAACCGAACCGGAAAACGAAAACCACCCCAUGGCCGAUGCCGCUCCUCUACCUCCCACAGCAGCAACCGCAAUCUCAUCAGCCCAUCCACGCCAUCAACGCGGGCCCCUCUCGAGCGUAAUCUCCGCCACAAAACGCCUCUCGUUCGAGCCACCCUCCUCCUCAUCAACCUCUCGUCGAAGAGGAAGAACACAAGACCUACCCCUGCCACUGCCGCCACCAGAGGAAAUGGAAGUUACCGAGAGCCCCGCCGACGCGCCGGGAAGCGGCCGUCGCCGCCUGCUGCGCACGGGAGCGGGCACGCCCGUGGUCGGGUCGAGUGCGCUGCUGCAGAAGGUCUUGGCUGCUGAGGAGGGUGUCGAUGGAGGUGGAGAUGGGGAUGGGGAUGCCGACGCCGUGGGGAAUUCGUCGCCGAUUGAGAGGCGGAUGGCCACGCGGAGGAGUGCUGGGGCUUCGAGAAGGGUUAGGGCAGGGGCUGGGAUAGUUGCUGGGAGGAGAGCGCCCGGGAGGAUGUCGGGGAGUAGUGUGGCGGAGAGUGAGAUGGUCAUGGUGGAAGAGAAGGAGGAAGAGAUUGUGAUGCAUGAGGAGGUUGUGCAAGCUGAUGAGGGUCAGGAUGUCGGGGUUGAACAGGCGGCGGAACAAGAGGAGCCAGAGGAGGAGGAGCGAGCAGAAGAAAUAGAAGAGGAGGGAGAAGAGGAAGCCGCCCAGCGUUUGGGCAGGAAGCGUCCUCGGCGGAGUCAGCCUGCUCCGUCGCCUGAGCUGGGUUCUGGCGCGACAGAGGAAUCACCAGCACCGAAGCGGCGGAGGAGGAGGAAGGUGAUUAGUCCUGCCCAACAACAACAACCGUCCAAGAGACCCCGGGGCAGGCUUUCCGUCAGGGCUCAACCACAACCGCAGCCUCAACCAUCACCCGAACCACCACUCCAGCGUCAGCCGAAGGCCAAGCCUAAGCCGAGGAGGCAAGUAAAGAAGCACAGGGGCGCAGAUGACGACGAGACAGAGAAGCCAACCGGGUCCGUUCCCGUCACGGUUCAGCGCUUCACUAAGCCGUCACGCGGCUCCAAAGCCGAGGAAACCGAGGACGAGCAAAGCGCAGACCUUAACAGCGACAUACCGUUCGCUGACCGCGGCGGCGUCAAUGCAAUUGAUGUGCUCUCGAAGCUCUGCGAAGAACUCAUCGAGGCGUACAUGGAAAAGCUCGAGGAGCGCGCCAGGGCAGCCGAGGACGCGGCAACCAGGAGGGAGCAGAAGACGAUGUACCGGGCGCUCGAGGCGUUCCAGGAAGAGUUGAGGACGCGGCUGCUGGAGCAUACCAUCGCGCUGGACACGCUCCAUGCCCUCCGCAAGCGGGUGCGGGCGGCGCAGAAGGAAAAGCUGACGCUGCGGGACAACAUCUUGCGCAUCCGGGCCGAGAGGGAGCAGGUGGCGCUGCGGAUGGACGCGAUAAGGAUACGGCACGAGGCUGAUAGCAAGGAAGCUUUAGUAAGGUCUUUCAGGGAGAUUUUCGCUGAUGGCUGGCUGACCGGCUUGUAGCGUCACAUAUCCCUCUCGUCGGCCAUGCACGAC